AUCCUGGUACAUCCGCUAGUCAGAGGCUCAUCCACUGUCUCAUCGCUAAGAAGAACGCUGCGAAACUUAUGUCUGCUGAUCCUGAGAAUGCCUUCGAGGGGCUUCGGGAUGAGCUAAACAUCUCCGAGGACGAGUUUUCCGACAGUGUUCCGUCUGAGAUGUUGCAAUCUCUACUUGUCAGAGCUAUCCGAGCCAAAGAUCCAGAGCAGACCUUGGGCCAUUUCCGCGAUGCGGUGAACGCAUCACAACUCCUAUACGAGAUGGAUGUCGUCGCAGCCAUUCCCAUACUAUUACCUUUAUCCUAUGCCACGGUCAAUGGUCUUCUAGACAUCAUCUCCACCAGAUGCAAUGCCAAAGAACUGGUAGUCGCCGCGCAGGAAUGCACAGAACGUCUCCAGGGUAUUCACUGUUACUAUAAUGAGAGUGACGAUGAUACGGCCAAUAUAGAAGCCAGUCUAGGUAGACAAACUGAACGUCUUCUCAAGAUCUACACGCAAGCCAUACCUCGUCUCCGAAAAGGCAAACAAACAUCCGAAGACAUUCUGAAGCCUAUUUUCUCCCAGCUCAACACUCUGCUGUCACACAAUGCGCCGAACUACACUCCGCAAGACGCACAGGAUAUACUUCUACAGACAGCUGAACUCGUUCGGUUCGUAGCACCCUGGGCAGCGGAUAGCCAGUUGGGUGACGCAGACCCGCCAACGGACAUGUUUUACAAGUUGAUCACACAUUCCCUGGAGGUGUUCGCCAAUCAGCUUGAUGCGGGCAUUGCACAGAGAGCUUUUGAGAAACAAUAUCCUCGCCUGAUCAUGCCGAACCAGGAAAGCUCUUCUGAGCUGACAGGCAGAGGGUGUGAUAUCGUGCACAACACAUGGGCCAUUCUUCGCCAGAUUGACAUUAGCGAGAACCGCAUUGUAAUGUACCCCUCUAUCGGCAACCUGAUCCUGCUCGCCCACUCUUCAAACACGCCCACGCUCUCUACCCUCGAAACGUUCCUCCCCGUCAUGCUGACGUCCAUUCAGACAAACACCGCGCUUGCCGAGACCCUUGCCCUGCUCCUCAGCACCCUGGGCCCUCUCCACACCCAGAUACCUCGCCCGACACUCUCGCCGGACAUUGCUGUCCCGCUCGCGCACAUCCUGCCGCACCUCGCCGCCGCGCACCCCGACGCGGACAUGCGCCACAUCAGCUUCCGCGUCCUCGGGCUCGUGCUCGCGCUGGCACCGGCGCUGCUGCAGUUGCAGCUCCUCGGCGACAUGCUCGCAGACCCCGACACGCCGGCGCAGAUGCACGUCUCGGGCGUGUCGCUCGUGAAGGAGGCCGUGCUCGAGGGGCUGUCGCGGGACGAGCCGAGCCCCUUCGCGUCGCCUGCGUUCAUGGACGUGUUCUCGUCUCUCCUGUUCCGGCCGAACUUGCCUGAGGCGCGUGACAUUGAGCAGAGUCUGCAGGAGUUCCUGGAGUCGCCGGAGCCGUCGCGGCUAGUCGAAGCCUUAGGACUGCUGUUUGUUCUUUUGCGGAGAGACGCCACGAAUAGGACUGGGGUACGGUCCUCAGACGCGCUUCGUAUCAUCCGCAGCGCGUUCCUCAUGCCGAUAAAAGAGCAUUUGGAGGCUUGGGGCGAAGUCGAUCUUGAAGAAUCAGAAGAGGCGGGGAUGCAAAUGAGGAUUCUAGAGAUGUGGGUGCAAAGAGUAUUAGAUACAGUAAAAGGGAUCGAGCAGGGGCUGUAAUUCUAAAAUAACGUGCUACUUUUGCGACAGCCCUUUCUGGUGUAUGUCCGACGGAGCAGAUGCAGUGCAAGAUUAAACGGGUCGAAAUGAUGCCGGCCUAUGGCCUCUACUCGGCUUUGACACGCUCCCUGAGGGUCUCUUCCAGUCUGCGCGCGAGCCCUUCGGUCAGCUGCAAGAUGCCGUCGCUUGUGCAGAGGCGAUAGGAGGGCAUGGGCUGGUACGUCUCAGCGAGGAUCUGGCCAUCUCGUGUCAGCCUGGCCUCGGCGCGUCUCGCAAAGCAGGCACACGCACCUGGCCUUCCUCGACUCUCACUGAAGCGAUGAUAUCGUCGGGGUCCCCUAUCCGUCCGAGGGCUGGCACGUUCCGCAUGUCUACAGCACUCAAAGGUCAGCGCGCAAGGGGUGAAAGCGGUGCGGGACAACAGGGUGAUGUACCGUGUAUGUGCAUCCAGCCUUCCUGUGUCUGGAUCGCCGCAUUCUUUUGCACUUCGUCUGCACCGUCCCGAAGCGCGGACUGGAUCGAGUCGUGGAGGACUUGCAAGAAUUUCACUGUGUGGGCGGAGUGCCCGUCAGCGCUUUCGUUAGAGCACAGGACGUCUAGAGGCGACGCACCGUUCUCUCUAAAGUCGUUCAGCCCCGCCUCCUCCGCCUCGCCCGCAGCAGCAGCAGGGAGCCACCCGAGCACCGCACAGGAGUCCAGGCUCGGCGGGGCCUCGGCCACGAAGGACAGCGCGAACACGGGCGCGGCGUUCGGCGGGUGGAACAGGUGGUAGAAGAGCUCCGGCCGUUCCGGGUCUGCGAACGAAGUCUGCGGGGCGGUAGAGAGCGCGCGAGAUAACGAGGGGCGCGAGAGGAGGUGUGCUGGCCGGUGUAUUGGAGAGAGGCGAGGGUGCGAGCGAGCAAGGGGUUUUGAAGGUGCAGCUGGCGCGGCGCGUCCCAGGCGCGAUGAGGCACCGAACCCGCGCCACGGAUAUCGCGAGGCGAGGGCAGGAGAAACGGAGCGAGAGAGUGGUAGCCUCAGCAUGCUAAGUAUGACGACCGGCGACCAAGCUUGUGUUGGGCGGUAGAGGAGACAACUUCAGGUGUCAGGAGGAAGUCGUGCCCCGCUGUUGCAA